AUGGCGACGAGCCCGAGCGACCCCAGCUCUUCGGCCGUACAGGCUCUGCGAGAGUCCUUUGGUGACCGCAAGCCUAUUGACAUUAGCCGGAAAAUCACCGCGUGCGUGUCCUGCCGGAAGCAGAAAAUCAAAUGCCAUAUGGGAGAUGGCACUCCACCGUGCACCAGAUGCAAGAAACGGGGGCUGUCAUGUGUUGUCAAUCGGAGUUUGCAAAUGCUGCUUGAAAGCGAUGUAGCAUGGAAAGCCAAUAUCGAAGAGAAAUUACGCAUGCUAGAAGACUCGGUCAGGCAGCUCAACCAGCGGUCCACCGGCGGCCAAAAUCCUCCUCUCUAUGUCUCCCAGGAGACUAGUCCUUCGACCCUCUCAACCAAACCGGACACGAUUAUGGCCUCUGAACAAUCUCAGCCGACAGAACCAGGCUGGGAAGUCGUCAUGGACUUGAACAGAGGACCGGGAGUGGUACCUGCAUCUUGUGUGUCGGAAGUAUCAGAUGCCUCGCCACAGGUGUCUCGUCAGAACUUGGCUGAAAACUUCGACCUUAUUGACCAAGGCAUCAUCUCGCUUGACGAUGCGGAAGCCUUCUUCCAACUGUACGCGCGACGCCUCGAUCAUUUCUUGUACAGGAUUCUGGCGGAGCAUGACUCCCUAGCAAGCGUCCGGAAAAGCUCCCCCCUCUUAACCGCUGCUAUAUGUGCUGUGGGAGCCCUCCAUACUCCCUCCCAUUUGUAUCACACUUGUUAUCAGCACUUUGUCAAUUUGGCAUCUUCCAAGAUGUUUUCCAAGAAGAACAAUCAUGACGAUGUGCGAGCGUUUUGUAUUGGUGCUUUUUGGAUAAGUGAUAUGUCGUGGACCCUCGUUGGAGCAGGCAAGUCUGCUCGGCUUGCGGGAGAAUUGAACCUCCACCGCUGUAUUCCCAAAGCUCCUCACACAAAACGCGCCUGUUAUUUGCGCACUCGGUUGUACUACCUCGUUUUCGUUUGCGACCAUCAUUUCUCAAUCUGCUACGGGAGACCUCCCUUGACGAGGGACUUCACCUCAAUCACUCCUCCGAAUCAGUUUCUGGAGUCUGAAUUUGCGACCGAGGAUGAUGCUCGGCUUGUCAGUCAAGUAGAAAUCUGGACAAUCAGUACGCGGGUCUUUGACCAAUUUAGUCUGGACCCCGAAGCCCAUCUGUCUGAUCAACUCAUCCCUCAACUCCGCCGGCUGAGCAUUGCCUUAGAUACCUGGCGAGCUGAUUGGAAUGAGCGAUUUCAUUUCAAUGAGUGCGUCGGCAAUUACCCGCGAAAGGGGGUAGGUCUUCAUUAUCACUUUGCGAAGCUGUUCCUCUGCUCCCAUGCCUUCAGAAGAGCACCUGUUGCCGAAGGCGAACAUCUCCAACUGGAUCCUGACCUAGAGGAAUUUGCGACAAGUGCGGUACACUCGGGAAUCUCAAUUUUGCAAGUCAUUGCCGCAGAUCAGGAGAUUCAAUCCUACUUAGAUGGACUUCCGGCCUACUUCGAUACGAUGAUAGCGUUCGCGUUCGUCUUCCUCCUCAAAAUCACCAUCAGGAAUCCCGCCAACCUCCGAGUCGACAAGGCCGGGAUAUCCCAGACUUUGGAUGUUCUAGCAACCGUCUUAAAUAAUAUAACAUCUAAAAUGCACCCCCGCCACCUAUUGACCAGCGUUGCAGGCAGUGCCCGGAAGCUGUUGGAUCGCUUCUCCGGCCAAGAAGCUGCUCCAGCACCGUCUCAGAGUGCUCCAGGUCCGCUGGCUCCUUUUGACCCAGACAAUCAGUGGCUCAGCCCUAGUGACGCUAUGUUUCUUGAAAAUUACGACUUUCUGUAUUCGCCAGGUGCCGACCUCAAUUUUGACGCUGAGAUUGGUUUUGCGCACCACCAAUAG